AGGACGGAGAGCACGGAGAACAAAUCCCCCCGGCAGAGCCUGGUGGGAGAGGCCGUUUUGAAGGGCUCCCCGGCACAGGAAGGCAGCGGGGAGGAAAAGGCCUGGAGAUGCCCCCGGAGGAGGGGCUGCAAAGCCAGCCCAGGGAGCUGUGAGGAGGAAAGAGCCGUCCUGUGCCGAGAAGGCGGCCGGAGCUUGAGCCGGAGCUCCGAGCUGGUGGUCCCUGAGCAGCCUCCCAGCAGGGAGAAGCCCUUCAGGUGCUUGGAAUGUGGGAAGAGCUUCAGCCAGAGCUCUAUCCUCCACAGGCACCAGCGCAUCCACACUGGGGAACGGCCCUACACAUGUAGGGAAUGUGGGAAGAGCUUCAGGCACAGCUCCACCCUCCGCAGGCACCAGAACAUCCACACUGGGGAACGGCCCUACAUAUGUAGGGAAUGUGGGGAGAGUUUCAGGGACAACUCCCACCUGAUCCGACACCGGCGCAUCCACACUGGGGAACGGCCCUACAUAUGUGAGGAAUGUGGGAAGAGCUUCGGUGACAGCUUCUCCCUCCGCAACCACCAGAACAUCCACACUGGGGAACGGCCCUACAAGUGUGGGGAAUGUGGCAAGAGCUUCAUUUACAGCUCUGCCCUCUGCAGCCACCAGCACAUCCACAGUGGGGAACGGCGAUACGAGUGCUUGGAAUGUGGGAAGAGGUUUAGGGACAGCUCCAGUCUCCUCAGACAUGAGCUGAUACACACAGGGGAGAGGCCCUUCCGCUGCACCGACUGCGGGAAGAGCUUCAACCAGAACUCCACCCUCGUCACCCACCAGCGCAUCCACACCGGGGAGAGGCCCUACAAGUGUGGGGAGUGUGGGAAGAGCUUCAGUGACAGCUCUGUCUUGACCAAACACCAUCGGACCCACCAGUAAGAGAAGCCCCUCGAGUGCCCUGACUGUGGGAAGAGCUUUGGCCGCUGCUCCCACCCCGAAUGACCCCCC